CAACCCGAGAAAUCUAGCAUAUCCAUUCUUUGUCCGCAACUGCAUUUGUUUUACUCUGCGUACACCAAAUGAAUUCGAGGCGCAAGUUCUUUCGCCGGCCUUCUCAUCACUAAUCGGGCCAGUUUCAGGUCCUUAGUAUUAGCAAUGUUCAACGAAGCUCCCGCGCAAUCAGCGCACGUCAAUACAGACAGUCAUAGGCUCAGAUACAAGCCAGUCGUUUCUAAUGGUAAAGCAACCAAUAUCGAGGAUGUCGAGGAGUAUCAACCCGGCGGUUUCUAUCCUGUUGACAUUGGAGACAAAAUUCUGAAGAUUUUCGAAAUCGUCCAUAAGAUAGGACAUGGUCAGUACGCCACUGUUUGGCUCGGAUGGAACCUGAUCAAGCACGAAUGGAGGGCUAUCAAGAUCUUCAAGGCCCGUUGUUCGGCCAAGGCGAUGUCAGCUUUUAAGAAGCUAGAGAAAGCCAACCUUCGACCUGCCACGGACCACACUAGAGCACACAUUCAACUGCCCGAGGAGGCAUCGUGGAUCAAGAGUGCCAAUGGCCAGCAUUUAUCUUUUGUUCUCCCUCUGCAUGGUCCACCGAUCACAUACCAUGAUCGCAAAUCACGUACUGUACACAGGAAACUACUUCUUCAGGCUGCUGAGGGGCUGCGUUUCCUACAUGACAACGGGAUCGCACACGGUGGCAUUCGACCUAGUAAUGUUCUCAUACGCCUGAAAAACAUUGGAGACAUCAGCAAAGAGAUUAUGGUGGAGAAACUUGGAAGACCAGUCAAACACAAGGUCGAGGCUGUGGAGCCCGGAGCCAAAUCUGUCAAGUCUCAUGCACCGAAUUACCUAGUCGCUUCGACGACAUACCUUGAGCGGUUAGAGAAGGAACUUGAAGUGGUGAUUGUCGAUACAGGCAUUGCUUCGAGUAUUGACGAGAAGAGAAAUCUCGAGGACAAUGUUAAAGAUGAUGAGGAAGUCCGAUAUAUGGCACCAGAAGUCUACUUUCGCUUCGGGACCAGUCAUGGUAGUGAUGUGUGGUCGUUCGCCCUCCUGGUUGCUAGGAUGCGGCGUCGACACUGCGAUCUGUUUGCGAAAAGGCCAGGGUCUGAACAGAGCAGACGAGAAUCCUAUGAAAAGGAGUUGUUGGAUGCUUACGAUGCCUCCCCAGGGCUAUCUCGGGAUACAGCAAUUUCUGCAAAGUCUGCCCAAGCCACAACUGACUUCAUCGAACGAAUUCGGACCAGGCUCGACCCAAAGACAGACAGCCCAAAUAGCUCCGAAGACAGAUUGCCAAGGGCCGAAGUCGAGGCGUUGGUCGACCUGCUCGCCAAAAUGCUAGGUUACACCCCUGAGCAUAGGAUUACUAUGCAAGAAGUAGUUGGGCAUGUUUUCUUCGACGUCGUUGGUAAACCAUUCAAGAGUUUAUCAGACGACGACCUGGAUCGGAACGGCGCAUGUACAAAGGUAGAUUCAGAACCAAAAGCCGCCGUCGAAGUCGAAACGCCAACAAUUACGGCGAACCUUGAAGCCCUCCAACUUGUACUGCGAGGUGGAGGUCCCCACGAAACCCCCGAGGACGAUAACACAGCACUUGACGGGGGGUCGCAGCAGGCUUUCGAAGCACCUCCAACAGAGCAGAUAGCUUCAGCAUCCGAAUCAUCCCAACAGCGCCCUAAAGCAGCCGAAGCAGUACCAGACGGCGCAUCCUCACAAGAGCGGAGCCCCCGGUCGGCCCCAGGGCCAUCAUCACCUACACCUGUCCCAGGAUCCCCGCCUGCGCCGCAGCCGCCUUCCGCGCGACUUGCCGGUGUCGUCCUGCCCUCUACAGGUGGACUGACGCUACUUGGCUUCGUGCUCGCAUCGGUACUGUUUCUGUCCCACCUCCUUGUGUACAUGGCCGCAAACCGGACGUCGGCGAGGGGCACGCUGAUAAGAAAACCCUGCGGUCCUGGUUUCGUCUCGGCGCAGACCCGCAGGCUGUCGGCGCAGACCGUCUUCUUCGAGGGCGUGAUGGCGUUCCCGGAACACAAGGGGGCCAUGAACGAUGUGACGGAGUGCCCUGUGUUUGACGAUCUGAGAUUUGAGAGCGAGGUCAAGGCUAUUACGUAG